CCGUGUAGCUGAAUGUGAAUUACUUUAUUAAUUUACUGUGUAUUUAUGCAAAAUAUUCCGUUUUCGGUCGAGAUUUGGUAGAAUAACAAAUAAACUUCAUAGUUUAAAAAUCUUCGACAUGCCGUUGACAGCAGAACAAGCGAUGCUACAAGUGCAGGAACGUUUACGUUCAUUGAAGUCGGUUAUUGUCGAAAUCGAAAAUGAACGCAAGCGGAACGAACCAAACAUCGUAAAUACAAUUCGACUAGUGAAAAUGUCAAACGACGAAAAAUCAUCUGCUUUGAAUCAUAAAUUAAAGACGCUGUACAAGAUUGGCCUCCAGGAUGCUAUUCAAGAGGAGAAUUUGAUUCGUCAAGCAUUAGCAAAAAUACAAGACAUAAGAAAUAUUCGUAAUGAACGUAGAAUUCAGGCCAGAAAUGCGGGAAAUAAAGAAACAAUUCGUAGAGGUGCACUAAUGAAGAUGUUGCAGAUUUCGGCUCAAACUUUACCUUUGUUUGUCAGCAAACCUGGAGAAAAAAUUCCCCCGCUGUGUGGAAGCGUUCCAGCUGAUAAUAACUACAUUGCCAAACCUGGCGACAUGGUAGCUGCUCAUGUUAAGGGCCUUGAAGACGAAGAGAACUGGAUACUUGCUGAAGUAGUUCAAUAUAUUUCGUCUGCCAACAAAUACGAAGUAGAUGAUAUAGACGAAGAACAAAAGGAUCGACAUAUUCUGAGUAAGCGCCGAAUUGUCCCACUUCCACUAAUGAGAGCUAAUCCGGAAACUGAUGGACAAGCGCUCUUUUCUAAGGGAACUACUGUAAUGGCACUAUAUCCACAAACUACCUGUUUUUACAAAGCCGUAAUCAAUCAACUUCCCCAGACAGCCAACGAAGAAUAUGAAGUGCUUUUUGAGGAUCCUACAUAUGCGGAUGGUUACUCGCCACCACUAUAUGUUGCUCAGCGGUAUGUAAUUGCAAUUAAGCUGAAUAAAAAAGUAGGAGCCAGUUCCUGACAGUCCUUCGCGCAACAGACUACAACGACUAAUUCGAACAUUACAACCACUGCACUGCAAUCAACAACGACAACUGUAGGAAUAUCCAAUACAAGCAGCGUCUCGUUAACCUGUGGACAGCAACCACAAUCGAAGGAGGAACACAUAUUGGAAUCGUUCAUGAUUGAUGACCAGUUUUGAUUGUCUUGUGGUGAAAAUAAUACCAGAGAAUAAUAUAAUGUAAUUGCAUUUAUUAUUGUAAUUCCGUUUAAAACUUUUCGCAUUACGCAGGCGAUUUUUUUCAGAAGCGAAACAAUAGCACGUAUUAUUGACGUUGCGGAGCCCACCACUCUAUAUUUAACAAUUUCCAUUUUCCAGCUCUAUUAAACAAUGGAAAACCCAA